GUACAGCACUAAUUUAUAGUUAUACAGGUCUGACACAAUUUGAAAGUAUUUAUACUCUAGUACAAGUAACAGGAUCUACUUCUGCUGCUUAUAGUGUUGCUUAUAGUGGUGGUGUAACAUGUGGACUACUUCUAAUUGGUAUUGGAUUCCUAUUUAAAGUAGCAGCUGCACCACUACACAACUGGGCACCUGAUGUAUAUGAUGGUGUACCAACUAUCGUAACAUCAUGGCUAACAACAAUGCCUAAGAUUUCUAUCUUUGUAUUUCUUCUGGAACUACAAUCUGGACUAGAAG